UUUACCGCUUCAUUUUAAAGGGUUCCCACCGAACGGAAGAAAUAAGAGAGCAUGAGAGAAGUAAAGGAAAAGAGGAGAUUCCAGCACCGCCGUCCGAAGAGGAGGCACAACCAUGAGCAGGGUCAGAGUCAGAAUAAGGAGACCUCGUAGGCGAUUGUUGCGCUAACUGACGAUCUUAAAAACCAGUUCAUCAAGCGGGGAAAGAAAAGCAGAGUUGAAAGAUGGGGACUUAUAGGAUGUACGGGUGCUUUGCUAGGAAGUUCAAAAUCAUUGAGGCGGCACCACCACCGGAUGUUAUAGUUGCAUUCGAGAAGUACGCCGAAGGUGGGCCUCAAAUGACGACGGAGCAGUUGCAUAGGUUCUUGGUGGAUGCGCAGGGGCAAGGCGGUGUGAAGGUCUCCGACGCGGAGGAGAUUCUGCUGCAGGGUCUGCAGAAACGACACCAUAUGGCGAAGUUCAGAAAACACGCACUGGACCUCGAUGAUUUCCAUCAUUACUUGUUUUCUGCAAAUCUAAAUCUACCAAUUGAUAAUAAGGCUUCUUUGGCGUUUACAAGCCUGGUCAUUGCAGUUAUUCGUACACUGUUUCAGAAAUUGUGAGAGCGAAGGAGGGGGAAAGAAGAUGAAAGCAAAAAGGGAACUUGGUGAUAGUGUAGACGGGGAACGGGACUUAAAAUGGCAGUGGGUUGUGGAUUCACCAUCUUCACCUCCUGAAGAGUCACUUGUGCCUUAUAAUGGCGAUGAAGAUGAUGAAAGGAGAGCAUUGAAUCUCAUAGGCAGCAGAGAAGAAGAUGGUCAGAGUUGAAAGUGAAGAAGAAGAUGAUGAAGAUGAAGAUGAUCCAUAUCCCUGGAGUUGAUUACUGUACAUUAUGAACUUGUGCAUUUUUUUUUGCAAUCAAUUAGUUGCACUAUUUGAACUUGUAAUUUUGCAAUUUAAAUAUUAACAUGAUUUUUCAAUAUUUUGAUUAAAAAAAUUAAUUUAUUAUAUGAUUAAAUAUUAUCUUUUUGACUAAAA